AUGGCUGCUUCUCAGGGACCAUUGACCUUCAUGGAUGUGGCUGUAGAUUUUUCUCAGGAGGAGUGGGAAUGCCUGGAUCCAGCUCAGUGGAAAUUGUACAUGGAUGUGAUGUUGGAGAACUACAGCAACCUGGCCACUCUGGCUAUACCACCUAAAGAUAACCAGGCCUUUAUGCCAAAGCCCGGAAUACAAGAUUUAUUCUCUGAAAUAACACUGAGUACACAUAAUGGAGAUAACAGUUAUCAGUGGAUUGAACAUUGGAAAAACAUUAGAGAAUAUGGCAAAACCUUCAGUGAGUCCUCAAAACUUACUCGCCAUCAUAAAAUUCAUACUGGAGAUAAGGCUUAUAAAUGUAGAGAAUGUGGCAAAGCCUUUAGCCGGUCCUCACACCUUACUUAUCAUCAUAGAGUUCAUUAUGGAAAGAAGCCUUAUAAAUGUAGAGAAUGUGACAAAGCCUUUAGAUGGUCCUCAAAUGUUACUAUGCAUCAGAGAGUUCAUACUGGAGAGAAGUCACAUGAAUGA